CAAUUGUAGUCACACUGUACAGUGACCCAAGUGACGUAGUGUUACCUUAUGGAGAAACCUGGAGAAAGUCACUGACGAUGAAGUGUUCACUCGGUUUGGAUUACCUGAAGACUCUAGUAUGUGUGUACGUGGUGUUGUCGGUGGUAGACUGUCGUCGAGGACGGCGGGCGAAGCGUGGCAAUGGCAAGUGCGGUGGGGACUCCCUAGCCGAGUACAACCUCUCCUUCUUCGGAGACUGGGCAAAAGAAGCGUUUCCCAGAAUGUACCCCAAGUACAGACCCCACGCGCAGUGGUCCAAACUGUAUGGUUUGACUCAUGGGCGGACGUAUAAGAUGUGGUCUGCGGGUGAGCUGGCUUCCCAUGCAGUUAAGAAAUUUGUUGAAGAAAGAAGCACGUUGUUACUGGACAGGCAGGUGCAAGGAUACAAUGACACGUUCGAUAUAUUCACCGCUGCGCCACUCCGAGGUGGGGUGGGGCGGACAUCGUCAAGAAUCUUCGCUGAUGGUAAACAUUCAAAGAUAUCCUUCCUGGUGAAGAUCAUCCCGAGUCCUGACUGGUUUGUCGGCGUGGAUGGACUCGAUCUGUGCCGCAAUGGCCGCUGGAGGAGGAAGGUGUACGCCCAUCUCCGCCCAAUGGACGCCGGAACUGACAAAGGUCUCACCUACACGUCCCCAAACUGGCCCUCACACCCGCCACAGAGGAUAUUCGAGAUUACACCCAGCUACCCCGACCACCCAGCUAGUUCCUUCUUCUACCCUGACAGGAAUAGGCUACCCCGGAUAGCUCAUGCGAUUCUGGAGAAGGUCACGGAAUACCAGCAACAAGGCCGGGCCACGGAUGUUAAGUACAACUCCAUGCCUAGUAUGGUUGUUGAGAGGCAGCCACAUGAACUGUCCCACAAAUCCUGGGCGCCGAAAGAGGCGGGCGCAGAGGAGAUCGCCAUCAACACCAAGAUCGAUCAGGCUCUGAAGGAGAAGUUAGAGAAAGAUAUCCAGAACAGGCUGAAGACAUCACCAAGGCGUACCUUCUUCCUUCAGAGGAUGGUGAGAAAGGGAGGACAUGUCCUGGCUGAUCAGAGCUCGGAAGAAGUUGAUGAAGAGGUUGAUGAACAGGGGCCUCACGUUGGAACAAGGCAUGGAGAUACUGAGGUGAAGGCUGAGGAGUCUUAUCUCACAAGGAGAGAUCCAUAUGUCGAUGUCUCAACGACGUCGGAAACUCCACCAACACCAGCUGAAACAACUACGCAGACGUACCGUCUAGUUGGUAAUGUUAAUUCACUGACAAGGGAGCAUGGGCUUGAGACGGUAAGAAACACAAUGGAAGAGGAAGAGGACAACGACUCUGAAGAAGCUGCUAAGUCUGAACUGAUGCUGCAGCCGACGUAUCUGAUGUCGAAAGGGUCAGACGAAGGAGGAGAUGAUGUCAGCGUUGAACAAGACAGUCAGAAAAUGGGCAGUGUAAUAGGUGAAGAAUCUGAAGAACCUAAUAGUGACACACAAGACGCCAGUGCCCAGAUCCAUGAGAAAAGACAUCAGUAUUAUACCGGAAGUCCGAUAGAGCAAAAUUCAGAUCGGGGUCACUCUUACAAUAUUGAUCAAGAUGUUGAUGAAAGGUCGACAGCGAGACCUAUUGUUUAUGAUCAUACCAUCGAUACGCAGGUUGAAGAAGACGUUGAUAAAGACGAGGACGUUGUCCCGGACUACGCCGCAGCAUACUCGGCCGGAAGGGUUAAGGCGGGCGCCACACAGGGUUACCGGGACGACAAACACAUCGAAGACGUGGACGUCAUCCAGAGCAGUCAAACUGAAAAACCCUACAGGCAACAACGUCCAUACACUCGGACACCACUAGUUAACAGGCAGGUGGACAGCGACGUUGACAACAACUCUCCUACCUAUGUCCGUGGCGGCGCCAAUGACGUCGAGAAAGAUACGUGGGGUGAAAGUCGUGGUGACAACGUCGAGAAAGAGACGGACCAGAGCAAGGCUUUAGAAACACUGGGCAUCUUCCGGCCAAACUCUCCAUUGAGGGGCAGGAAAACAGAUGAACAAUUAGACUGUUUGGUCACUGAAUGGUCACCUUGGAGCUCGUGCAGUUUAACCUGUGGGUUUGGCGUUAGUACAAGGACGCGUCAGGUGACACAGCACGCUCGCAAUGGCGGCUUGAACUGUCCAAGGCUUAGCGUUGAAAAAAUAUGUGGCAGCAUGAGAACGUGUAAAUGGAACUAUUUCAACAGCUUGUUCAACAAGAACCGAGGCCUACGUCGACGGCGGAGAAGAAGGAGACACCAUCGUGGCUGAAGACACGUAAGCAAGAUCUGAACGAGAGCUGGUUAUGAUUACCAUGGAAACCGUAGUUUCCAUCUUUGGUAUGCGCGACGUCGUGUUCAGCGUUGUUGACGUAACAAACGUGUCAAAGUUCACAGGAACACUGAGACAUCUGAAGGAGCGAGGAAGCUGAUGCGGUGCCGGAGCGACAUCCGCAUGUAGAAUAGAAGCAUUCUGUUUCACAUCACAAGACAAGCCAUCUUCAUUUUCACCGGAAGACGAGGAAGUUCACUUCCGGUUGUUGUACUUCCGGUUGCUUCUUGGAAACACGUGUCAUCCCCACUGAGGCGAUUAAGAUAUUUGAAGCACAAAUGAAAGUCAGAAAAACAUACCCAGAUUUCUUUGAACGAUAUUUGAACUCUAUAGACUGAUGUACAGCCAAAAGGCAACGUAAAGGCAUAAAGUAUAUGUACUUUCUAAAUAGACAUGAAGCUCUUCGUCAAGAAAGGUCAUGUGAUACACCAAACGCCACAUUAUCGUUGAUAUCCUUAAGGAAUAUUAGAUCACGUUGUACAUAGUUCCAACUAUACAUGCUACCGAUAAUACGUGUAUUUUAAUCUAGACCGAUUCGGUGGUUCAGACGAUGUUGAUAAAUUCAGAAACACUGAAGUUCACAAGCUUGGCAAAACACUGAUUAUCUGGUUUCAUUGAGGUUACGCCAUAGAUUGUUUUUAUAGUUUUGUAGAAAAAAAUACAAUGAAAAGCACCGUAAAUGCCAAAUAUGACAUGAGGCGAAGGUCCGUCCAACGUUACCCUCUGUGAGGGAUUAAUCGUGCAUCGGUCGGUUGCUACAGGAAUGUACUGUGCGAGGCAUCUAGAAGCGUUUAACGCUAUACCUAUCCAUCACACCAUGGACCUAGAGGUAGACGUGUGAGCCACCGAGCGACAGUGGUAGAUUAUAUAGUAUGUAUAUAUGGCAUAGAACAUAGAGAAAAAGCACUUUGUUUUGUACAUAUUGGGUGAAUCAAUCUUUUGCAUAAUUUUUGUACAAUUUUCAUACUUGAAUAAAAGACUUCUUGUUACCGCU